UAUCUAUAUAUAGUCUAAGGCCGGCUAUAUAACUUGCAAUUAUUAUAAUAAUAAUUUAGUAGUUUUAUCCUUUCUUUUUGGAUCUUCUUGUUUCAAGCAAUCGAGAAGUGAUGUGUUUGCUUUAGUAAAAACGUUUACACGAAUAAAACAAAAUGGACUUUGUUCCGGUAUAUCGUUAACCUUACAGUGGAAACCUAACCUAGAAAUACAUAAAGUAAUAAUAUUUUCAUGAGAAAAUUUUCUUUGUAGUUUUCUAUUGAAUGGUAGAUUGUAGACGUUUCCAAGCUUACAACUUGUCCUUUAGGUCAUAUAGCGUGUGAGAAAAUAUUAGUAGGCACCGCGAUGGCGGACGUACGCGAUAUUUUAGACAUUGAAGUGCCGACGACUACGGAACUCACGAAAGAGUCGAUAUUGGGCAGCGACAAAAAGAGUCGCAAGCGAUAUGACUACAAUAAAAUGCCAAAACGCCCUGAGGGCAUGCAUCGCGAAGUGUUUGCCCUCCUCUGCAAAGACAACAACGACGUGCCGCCGUUAUUCCCGACCGACACCGCGAAGGGAUAUAAGCAGGUGCGAGCCAAGCUUGGUAUGAAGAAGGUCAGGCCAUGGAAGUGGACACCAUUUACCAAUCCAGCACGCACAGACGGUGCGAUUUUUCAUCACUGGCGUCGCGUUGCCGAUGCUGGAAAGGAAUAUCCCUUCGCAAAGUUCAAUAAGAAAGUUCCAAUUCCUACAUACACAAAUACCGAAUAUGUUCAACACUUAGGAGCCAAUGGCUGGACACGAGCAGAGACCGAUCAUCUGUUUGAUUUGUGCAGAAGAUUUGAUCUUAGAUUUAUUAUCAUCAGAGACAGAUGGGAUCGCGCCAAGUUUCCUGCUAGAUCUGUAGAAGACUUAAAAGAGAGGUAUUAUCAGGUGUGUGCAGCAUUGACAAAGGCAAAGUCCCACACUGACAAGGUAUAUAUCUUUGACGCUGAACAUGAGAAGCGCAGAAAGGAACAGUUGAAAAAGUUGUUUGAACGCACUCCUGAACAAGUGGAGGAAGAACAGACUCUACUGACUGAAUUGCGCAAGAUUGAACAGAGGAAGAAAGAGAGAGAUAGAAAGACGCAAGAUUUACAGAAAUUAAUUACCCAGGCCGAUCAACAAGCAGAUCCUAGAAAGAGUGAAAGGAAAUCUUCCAAAAAGAGCAGCAGCUCUUCUAGGAAUAGACCGAAUAAAACUGAUACUUCUCAUGUAUGUCAUACAAUUAUACUCUGUAUACAAUGGUACGUUUAUAUCAAGAUAUUUACAUGGUUUUUUUUUAAUUUGCAGGCGGUAGAGUCAGCUGGAAUUAAAUUUCCCGAUUUUAAGAAUAGCGGCGUUACUCUUCGUUCUCAGAGAAUCAAAUUACCAAGUAGUCUCGGUCAAAAGAAAAUGAAAGGCAUUGAGCAAAUGCUGAAUGAAUUGCGUUUAGAAUUAAAUCCACCACCAACGGAGCAAAUAUGUCAGCAAUUUAACGAACUGCGUAGCGACAUAGUUUUGCAUUACGAAUUGAAAAGUGCGUUAUCAACAUGUGAUUAUGAGUUACAAUCUUUAAGGCACCAAUACGAAGCGCUAGCACCAGGGAAGACUUUAACGAUACCACCCGCGCUCCUGCCAAAAACAGAACCGGAAGUCAAAGCGGAUAUUAUUGACGUGGUAGGGGGUUCGCCUAGCACGCCCAGUAUUACUCAUUAAUUCAAAAUAAUCUUUAUGUAAAAUAGGAAUUAAUCAAGUAAGUUAUGUACAUAUUGUUUUUUUUUAGUUAUCAACGUGCCAAUUUUCAUAUUGAAAGUUAUCGAGCACGCAUUGCCCGUUAUCAUUCGUCAUCGUAUUAUAUUAUGAGGCAAUUCUUAUUUUAUAUUAAGGAAAUAAAUAAUUAAAAAAAAAAUCAAAUGACAUCGUAUAUGUCCCACCUUGUUAAUAUACGAGCGGCAUAAUGAAAUAACGAAAAGACGUAGCGAUGGUAAUUACUUAUAUAUCUGUGUAUUUUAUAUUGUCGACAAAAAGUAACAAUGUACGGUCAAACCGUAUAAUUUAUCUACAACAAUCUACAAUAGAUUACAAUAUGUUGUUCUCUGUUUUUUCUUGAGGAUA